CGGCACACCGGUUACUCGCACGCCAGUUGCUUCACCCAACGCGCUGAGAGAACCUAGCCUGGGCACAACAUAUACGUCGGAAUUUAAAAAGUUGAUCCAGUGUUUGAACAUGUCGAAGUUGGUAUUUUUGUGUUUGAUGAUUGGAGUGGCUAGUGCUGCUACAUUUAGAGGGAGAGUGCCGAAAAAACCAGCGCAUUUAGCUCACAAAGAAGGUUGCUACGUGGAGGAGGUGAAAGAUGUCAUCCCGUACGGAUCCAUGGCUACCCCCAUCGGAGAUUGCGUCCGGAUAGAGUGUGGAGGCGACAUGCUGUACUAUGCUACAUGCGGUACGGUGGAGACUAACGAUCCGAUAUGCCACAAGACCAAGGGGGAUCUCACGAAGCCCUACCCCCAUUGCUGCCCUACGAUCAAGUGUGACUCCGAAAACCAAGUCUAAUCACUUAUUAUGAGAGUAUAUCCAACUGGCUGAAAAAAACAGGCUGUGAGAAAUUAAAAAAAAAUUAAUUAUAUUUAUUUAAAAUUAUAAGGUCACUUGCACCAUUCCACUUACCCGGGGUUAAACAGUUAAACCGUUAACCUCGUGACAAAUUGUACAGAUAACCAUGGUAACUCAAGGUUAAACCGGUUAACCCGGGUUAGUGGAAUGGUGCAAGUGUGGUAAAGCGGGCAAUUAUUAUGUAAUAUGAACUCGCCUUAACACUAAUUAAAGGAUAAACAGACCCCAAUGUAAAGACCAGCCACACUUACCAGGACCAUUCUCAAAAAAUAUGUCUGCGGUCUAUUGCCACGAGCCAUACAAAAUGUAUGAAAAGAGUCCGUGGCAAUUAGACGCAACCGCAGAUGUAUUCUCAGAGAAUAACCUACCAGUGCCAGUGGGCCACACUAGUACCUCAAGGCCCACUUGCACCUUCCCACUAACCCGGGGUUAAGCAGUUAAACCGUUAACCUAGUGUCAAAUUGUACUGGUAACCAUAACAACUUCAAGUUUAACCGAUUAACCCCGGGAUAGUGGAAUGCUGCAAGUAGGCCUAAUCAAACUGUACUGUAGGUAUAGUCUGUAAACAUAAUGUACAAUUUUAUUUGUAAUUUGAGCUCAUUAGUGAGCGUUAUAAAGAUUGUUCGAAUUUUGCUUGUGAAAUAAUGAAUAGUGGGUAUUUCAGCGUUCAGUGUCGAAUAAUAAUUGUUGAGCUAUUAGGGGUGAGCUUUAUAUCGGAGAUUCCAUAGCGCAAGUAGGUACUUAAAAACCAAUUUUGCUUAAACGCUAAAUAGCUCAAACUCUGUGACAGUAUAGGUAUAAUGAUUGGUAACUAUUUGAUACUUUAUUUAUGAUCUUUAUGAAUUUAGUUCCUUCUGGACCCCAGAAGCGUCUGUUUGGUAUACGAAUUUGGAAUUUCGUCUGGUUUAAUAAAAGUUAAAAUUGUAUGUUAGAAUUUGUCCUAUAAAGAGGCUUCUGGGUUGCAGAAGGCUAUAAAAAUAUUUUGUGAGAAAAAACAUAGGGACAGAAUACUGUAGGACUACGAAUUAUACAAAAUGUAAAAACAUUAGGCAUUGUUAUUGUGAAUU